UCGUCGUAUGGCAAAUCACAUUGGUUUCAGACGGCGCCGUUUCAUGCCUUCGUAGCGCGACGGAGAAGGAAACUUGUACAGGCGCGCGUUCCAAACCGAGUCGUAUUGUUCCAGACUUCCAGUGGAGGCCCCCUUUCCUUUCCAGUCAACCAGUAGUAGUUAAACAACUGUAAACCCUAAUGUUUUAAAUACCUCUCCUCUCCAUAGCUGUCUCCCUCCGCCCUCCCCUCCCCUUCCCCCUCUCCCCUCCCUCCUCCCCUGCGCCUCUUCUCGCUCUCUGCCCUUCAUCCCCGUGCGUGAUUAUCUCAGUUUGAUUGAGCUAGGGUUUAUAAAAUCAGAUUCGAACAUUCAACCGGAUCAUCCCGUACUCCAUUCUCAUUCUUAAUACAUGGAUCUUCCUAGCCUCGCUGUUAUCCUCCAGGCUGCACUCAGUCCCAACCCCGACGAGCGAAAAGCCGCCGAGGAAAGCCUCAACCAGUUUCAGUACACCCCUCAGCAUCUGGUGAGGUUGCUCCAGAUCAUUGUGGAUGGCAAUUGUGACAUGGCAGUGCGUCAGGUGGCUAGUAUUCAUUUCAAAAACUUUAUUGCAAAAAACUGGUCACCCCAUGAGCCUGAUGAGCAACCAAAGAUCUCGCAGGGUGAUAAAGACAUGGUGAGACAGAAUAUUCUUGUGUUUGUUACACAAGUUCCGCCAUUGUUGAGGGCUCAACUUGGUGAGUGCCUCAAGACAAUUAUCCAUGCUGAUUAUCCUGAGCAAUGGCCAAAUCUACUGCACUGGGUGAAGCAUAACUUACAAGAUCAGCAAGUCUAUGGAGCUCUGUUCGUUCUGAGGAUUCUUUCUAGAAAAUACGAGUUCAAGUCAGAUGAGGAGAGGAUGCCAGUCUUUCACAUUGUUGAGGAGACUUUUCCUCAUUUGCUUAGUAUAUUUACCAGGCUUGUGCAGAUUGGCAACCCUUCGCUUGAAGUAGCUGAUUUGAUCAAGCUUAUUUGUAAAAUAUUCUGGUCAUCCAUAUAUUUGGAGAUUCCAAAGCAACUAUAUGAUCCAAAUGUUUUCAAUACCUGGAUGGUUCUUUUCUUAAAUAUAUUAGAGAGGCCUGUCCCAGUGGAAGGUCAACCUGUGGAUCCAGAGCUCAGGAAAUCAUGGGGAUGGUGGAAGGUCAAAAAAUGGACUGUUCACAUUUUAAACAGGCUGUAUACGCGGUUUGGAGAUAUGAAAAUUCAGAAUCCAGAGAACAGAGCAUUUGCUCAAAUGUUCCAGAAGAACUAUGCAGGCAAAAUUUUGGAGUGCCACUUAAAUUUAUUGAAUGUGAUUCGUGUUGGAGGUUACUUACCUGACAGAGUUACCAACCUUGUUUUGCAAUAUCUUAGCAACAGUAUCUCAAGGAUUGCUAUGUAUCGGUUGCUUGAACCACGGCUUGAUGUUGUUCUUUUUGAGAUAGUUUUUCCACUCAUGUGUUUCAAUGAUAAUGAUCAGAAGCUCUGGGAUGAAGACCCACAUGAAUAUGUUAGGAAAGGUUAUGAUAUAAUUGAAGAUUUAUAUAGCCCUAGGACUGCAUCCAUGGAUUUUGUGAGUGAAUUGGUCAGGAAACGUGGAAAAGAGAAUCUACAAAAGUUUAUUCAGUUCAUUGUGGAGAUAUUUAAGAGAUAUGAUGAAGCGCCAGUUGAGUACAAACCCUACAGACAAAAAGAUGGUGCCCUUCUUGCAAUUGGAGCACUGUGUGAUAAGCUCAAACAAACUGAUCCUUACAGGUCUGAGCUUGAGCAUAUGUUGGUGCAACAUGUUUUCCCUGAGUUCAGAAGUCCUGUUGGCCAUCUCAGAGCCAAGGCGGCAUGGGUAGCAGGACAGUAUGCUCACAUCAACUUCUCAGACCAGAACAAUUUCCGCAAAGCACUGCACAGUGUGGUUUCUGGGUUACGUGAUCCAGAGCUACCUGUUCGUGUUGAUUCUGUUUUUGCAUUGCGCUCUUUUGUCGAAGCUUGCAAAGAUUUGAAUGAAAUACGGCCAAUUCUUCCUCAAUUACUUGAUGAGUUUUUUAAACUUAUGAACGAGGUUGAAAAUGAGGACCUUGUGUUUACUCUUGAGACUAUUGUGGACAAGUUUGGGGAGGAGAUGGCACCAUAUGCUCUUGGAUUAUGUCAAAAUUUGGCUGCUGCAUUUUGGCGGUGUAUGAACACUGCCGAAGCAGAUGAUGAAGUUGAUGACACAGGUGCUUUGGCAGCCGUUGGUUGUUUGCGUGCCAUAAGCACAAUUCUUGAGUCAGUCAGCAGGCUUCCUCACCUAUUUGUUCACAUUGAGCCAACCUUGCUACCAAUUAUGCGGAGGAUGUUGACGACUGAUGGCCAAGAAGUUUUUGAGGAAGUUUUGGAAAUUGUGUCAUAUAUGACCUUUUUUUCUCCUACAAUAUCAAUGGAGAUGUGGAGUUUGUGGCCGUUGAUGAUGGAAGCAUUGGCUGAUUGGGCUAUCGAUUUCUUUCCAAAUAUUCUAGUUCCCUUAGACAACUACAUAUCUAGGAGUACUGCACAUUUCCUUACAUGCAAGGAACCAGACUAUCAGCAAAGCCUCUGGAGUAUGAUUUCAUCUAUCAUGGCUGAUAAAAACGUGGACGAUGGUGAUGUUGAGCCUGCCCCUAAGCUCAUUGAAGUGGUCUUCCAGAACUGUAGAGGGCAAGUUGACCAAUGGGUUGAGCCAUAUCUUAGAAUUACAGUUGAUCGGCUGCAUCAAACUCAGAAACCAUACUUGAAAUGUUUAUUGAUGCAAGUGAUUGCUGAUGCUCUAUACUAUAAUGUGACAUUCACACUGGGCAUACUGCAAAAGCUUGGCGUUGCUAUAGAAAUUUUUGAUCUUUGGUUCCACAUGUUACAACAAGUCAAGAAGAGUGGUGUCCGUGCUAAUUUUAAGAGGGAACAUGAUAAGAAAGUUUGCUGUUUGGGAUUGACUUCAUUACUUGCACUUCCUAUGGAUCAAUUACCAGGGGAGGCUUUGGGGCGUGUUUUUAGGGCCACUCUCGAUCUAUUAGUAGCCUACAAGGAACAAGUGGCAGAAGCUGCAAGGGAGGAAGUGCCUGAGGAGGAGGAUAAUGCAGAUGUUUUUCAAACAGAUGAGGAAGAUGAUGAUGGCUCUGGCUCAGACAAGGAUAUGGGAGUGGAUGCUGAGGAUGGAGACGAAGCUGACAGUAUUAGACUUCAAAAAUUAGCUGCUCAGGCACAUGCAUUCCAGCACAAUGAUGAUGACGACGAUGACUCAGAUUAUGAUUACAGUGAUGAUGAAGAGUUGCAAUCCCCAAUUGAUGAGGUUGACCCUUUCGUUUUCUUUGUGGACACAAUCAAAGCAAUGCAAGCUUCAGAUCCUUUGAGGUUCCAGAACCUUUCACAGACGCUCGACUUCCACUAUCAGGCGCUUGCUAAUGGCAUUGCCCAGCAUGCUGAAAAGAGGAGAGCAGAAAUUGAGAAGGAGAAAAUGGAGAAGGCUGCUGCUGCUGCUGCUGCAUCAUGAGUUUUUGGUGGUGGGGGCACCAUGUUGUGGCUUUAAUAUUUGCUUUGCUCACCUAGUUUGCUUAUUCGAUUCAAUUGGCAAUGGUUUGGAGAAACCGAGAGUUGUUGCAAGGUCCCUAUGGAGUUUUUGUUGAUUCACUUGUCAUGGAGGUCAGUGAACCCUGAAGGAUCUUCCGGUCCUCAUUCAUCCUGGUUGUGAAAGAGGCAGAAUGUUGCCGAGGGAACUUUGGGUAUUCCCAUUUUCAUGAGCAUGGGGUCAGUCUGGUGGGUCUAGCUAUUCUACAGCAGAAGAUGCUUGGCCCGUCAGGAUAUGUUUCGCUUUCAUUUUUGAUGUAUUGUAUUUGUAGUUCCCAUUUCAUAGGGAAUUUCGGUAUAUUUGAUUUGGAAACCCUUGGUUCUGUUUUCUUUGCUGAAAGCAAGAAGGGUUUCAUGCAUAGAGGGUCUUAAAUGUUUUGGGAUUAUUGAUCAGGGUAGGUGUCAGAUGAGUUCAUGAUGGCUGUAUUUAUAAUUUUUGGUGGAGGGUUGAGAAAUUUUUUUUUUUUUAAUUGGAUAUAGUGCACAGUUAAUUAUUGUUCGAGGUUGGGAGUUCUUGGUUCACUGCAGUGGGCUCUCAAGGGUUUGCUUGCUGCUGAGUGUAAAAACUGUGAUUAUUCUUUUUAUUUUGUUGAUUACUGGGGAGGAUUGGGUUCAUCUGUAACUCUUUUUUGAUUUAGUACUCUUCCCCACACCCCUAAUAAACAAAAAAUUAGGCGAGACACUUGGUGGCAAA